CACCUCAAAAGCCACCCGUCGUCCUCGUCGUCGCCGUUUGGACGCGGUCUUGACUCCUCCGGGUUGCGGCUUAUCGCGUCAUCCAGCCCAUCGGCCUGGGCGUCGCAUAUUCUCCCCGACCAACUUUCCCCCAAUCCUUCGUCGUCAGAUUCGUAGCCACGUAUUUUGCCGGAGAGGGCGCUUUUUCUCCCCCCAUCCUCACGCUUCCUGUCUCACCCCACACCCAAAGGUCGUCCGCAAAUGCCGCAAUAUGGUGAACUCAUGGAUGUACGCUCCAGCUUUGACCCUUGAGCUUACCUGAGACGUUCUUGGUUCUUUCCUCCUCUCUCUCUCUCUCUGUGCUCUGUUGCGCGGCUUCAAGUCACUCCGCACGCACACGUACACUCUCUCGGCUUCUGGACGGCGUACGGCUUCACCAAUAUUUUUUUCAACCAGAUUCCACAGGCGUGUGGUGGGUGUCGUCGCUCGUUACCCUCUCCAUACUAAACACAUCACACAAUUAUGGCAACGAAGCCGACCUUUGCCAAGAUAGCCGCAAAGGCUAUCGCGCCAGGUUCCAAAUCCAUCACGCCCCAAAUCCAGAUCGUCGCCAAGCCAGCGACUGGCGAGCAGAGUCCGGUCGAGGUCAAAACGCCGACCGACGAUGCGAGUACUCACGUUUCCUCGUCCGAAAGUUCUGUAAAGAUGCCCAGCUUCGACAAGCAGAGCAUAGCCUCGGGCACUACUUUCGCAAUGGACGAAAAGGAGUCUCUUAGACCAGAUGACAGCGCAAGCAUACGUGCCAUUGAAGAAGAAGACGGCCCGAGCACUGGGCCCUCUGGCUCAAGAGUCGGCUCCGACACGGAUGCGCGUGCCUUCAGUGAUCAGCUUCAUCGCAUUCAACAGAUUGGUACUGGCCAUCCGCGGGCUCAACCUGGCCAGAGGCCCAACAUUCAGUUUGGCCAGAUCCCGCUCAAUCCACUACCAGAGACUCCAAAUGCGGAGAUCACCGAGCAGGCAAACCCCGUUUCGGUGGCGUCGGACAUGCCACCCGUGGAUGAGAAGCUUCUCGAGGCGUUGAGCUCGCCGAGAGACCGUGUGUUCAUCCUCAAGAUUGAGCAGGACAUCUUGGAUUUUAUGAAGAACGAAAAGGAGUUGCAUCUUACCCUUCCCGAUUGUAAUUCCUUCUACCGCAUGCUCUCACACCGCCUCGCCGACUAUUACGGACUUGAUCACACCCAUCACCCGCGUGAUUCGGGCACAGCCGUUUUGAUUUCAAAGACGCCGCAUUCGAGAGUUCCUCCACCUCUCGCAGGAUUGCCGGUGCCAGGUACCCAGUGCAAUUCUCCACCACCACCAAUUGCAACACGUAAGAUCAUGAGGCGAGGUGAAGACAGCAAAGGCACAUCUGGUCCUAGCACAACUGCGAAUUCUGAAGGUCCGUCCAAAGCCGCGAGCGAGACCGGAGAUGGAGCGAGUGAGCUGGGUCGCGUCAAGGACAAGAGCAACAUGACGAGGGAGGAACGCGAACGUUUGUACGCGGAAGCACGACUGCGCAUCUUGGGCGCCGCAGAGCCGGAACCCGAAGAUCCCAAGAAGACAAGCAAUGACAAUGACAUGUCGCGGUCCAGCUCUGCCUCAGGCAAGAAGAAAACCAAGAAGCGAAAGGAUGACGAUGACUUUGAGCCUCGGUCACAGUUCCCUGGUUACUACACGCCCACUUACGGGAGCAAUGGUUAUGGUGACGGAACGUUCUACUUUCCCCAGUAUGGUCCUGUUAUGAGUGGACCGCAGCAAUAUCCACAGGCUCAAACAGCCUCUCCAGCGCCUGCGCCGUAUUCGAAUGGCUACCAACAGGUCGAUCCUUCUAACCAAAUGCAGUAUAUGGGUCCUCAGCAAUACAAUGGUCAGUCACACAACAACAUGAAUAACCAGAGCUAUCAUCAGCCUCAGACUGCGCCGUACGAUCUGCCAGCACAGUUCCAGGCAAUGUCGUUUGGAAAUAACAGCCAUCCAGGCGUGCCUCAAAAACCGGGCGGCUCGCAGAAUUUUGCAAACAUGGGUGGUGUUCAACCGCCUCAGCAAGGAUGGGCUGCACAAUACGAUAGUCCACAUUACGUGUAUGGCCCGCAGGCGUACCCUCAACAUCCCAACCAGUCCAUGUCAUCUCCUGCGCAGACACCUGCGACAAUUCCGUAUCCUUACGGCCAGCUGCCCAAUCCCGCCCUCCAGAACGGCAAGGUUCAGCACCCAUUACCAGGAAGCUUCAACAGACAGCAGUUCAAUCCACAGACACAAGCGUUUGUUCCGGGUGUUGCACGAGGUGGCCCCAUGCCUAUGAUGAAUCAAAAUGGUAAUCCUUACUUUACGCCCUUCCCUAUGAACCCGGCAGGCAUGCAGACGCAUCGGCCAAACAGUGGCCCACCACAAGCCCUGCAACACCGCUCUCCUGCCAAAGGCAACACCGGCGCCUUCCCACAACAAAAUGGAACCCAGCACGCGCAAGCGUAUAUCGCGAACACCCCAACGAUGUCAUUCCAGCCCCUGGCGCAUAACAGUCAGCAAAACCAUCCAGAUCUACCUACGUCAGCUCCUCAUCAGCCAUACGGAGGCGGUCAGCGUUCGAGUGCUCCUCCGACAGGCCCAGGCGACGGUGUUCAUCGCAACCUAGCACACCCAUUACCCCAGCCCCCCAACCCAGAGUCAUCCAUCGCCAAAUGGGGCACGCCAGCGCAUUUACCUGCGAAACCACCAACGCCAACGAACCCGCAUCCGACCAAGUUUAUGGAUUUGAACAAGAACAUAGCGAGGAGCAUGGUGCCUGGUCUUCCGAGAGCGUUCGUCGCCGGCCCUAAUCCCGGGUCUGCACCACAGCAAAACGGCGCGGGGCCCAGCUGAUAUAAAUGGGUCUCAGCGAGAAAAAAACUUCACAGGAGUGCUUGGAUGUGUGAGUCAGUGGUGGAUAUUGAAAUCUGCUGUAGAAGGCAUGGAAUUGCUGGGCACUCUUGCGUCGUUUUAUCGAAGGAGAGAAGAGGAACAGGAGGGGAAGAAGUCAAAAAAAAAUUUGUUCUAUUUGAAUCUCAGCACAUAGAGCACAGCGAGCAUCAACUAACAUCAUUGACUGGAUUAUAUGAGUAUUAAUCGGAAAAAGCAUAGCGAUUGGGUGUGCGUAUGUAUGUGCGUGGGCGGUCAAAGUAUGAUUUCGCUCUCUCAAUCUUCUGCUCAGUCGGUAAGUUCACAACUUUGUGAACGGCCAUGGGAAGGGGCGUUUUUGUAGGUGGUCUUUAAUAGAAUCAUGCGAUCGUUUCAUACUCUG